CAACAUCGUCGUCCAACUUACCGAACACUCGUUUGUUGAUCAAAUUAUACUUACCAGGCAAGGUACUAAUCUCUAUGAGAUCGCUGAACUACCUAAGUAUCUUGACUUUGUUCGCAGAUACCUCUAUGUUGAUCAUGAGCAUCUGUACAAGCCAUAACGGUCCCUUGUUUCCCCUAGUCCUGUUCCUGGUAGUCGAGCUGAAAGACUCUGGUGGCGAGGCUCGUCGAACUCAGCUCGCCAGACACUUCGAGGCCAGCGCCACAGAUCUAGUUCAUCGGCACUUCCGCUCGAGUAACUUACUGACCUCCAACAUGAACGACUAUAAAGAUUGUUUGUGCCCAGGUACACAAGCACUCAUCAGCAUCACUCACUGCCACCUUUUCCUCAACCUUCUACCACUCCUCGUUUACCAUGCAUCCGGUUCACGCUUUCGCGGCUUUGGCCUUGACAGGCUGCGCAGCUGCCCUGCCUCAAUCAAUUCCCCUCGACCAAGUUGCUGAGAUCCCCGCUGCGCCGAUCACGGAGACCCCGCUUGGUGAAGGUGCUGGUACCAAGGUGGUUCCGUAUGCUCCUGACGCCGUGAUUGCCGACACAUUUGCCUCAGUUCUUGCGGACCCUGCGUCUGCAGAUAAGACACUGAGGCGGAGAGAUUCGGACUGUUCAGCACAGCCUUUGGGAGCAGGGCCAGUUCCAAGCCCUGAUACCCCGGACGCUUUCCUGGCAUCGGAAGACUUUGCGACCGCAGCCAACGGUGCCUCCACCCCGGCUGGCUACAUCAACAAGUUCAAGAACCUGAAGGGCAGCAACAACGCCGUAGCGUAUCUUGGAUACAACACCCUGGAAACGUACGACACUCAAUCCUGUGCAGACGCUUGCACUGCCACGCAAGGAUGUUCCUCAUUCAACAUCUUCUACGAGAGGGACCCCUCCCAAGUUCCUGCCAGUUCUUGUUCCAACCCUGCCAGUACCACAGUCAUCAAGUGUGUGAAGUGGGGCAGCCCGAUCACCGCUGAGACAGCCGUCAACACUGGACAGUGGCGCAAUGACUUUCACGUAGUCAUUGCUGGAUCCAACGGCUAUGUCAGCGAGCGGGUGGUUGCUGUCGAUGGCUACAGCGGCGAGUCACUUGGUAGCGUCGCCAUCAAUGCUCCAAGAGACUGUAACGGCGAUGACACUUACAUGGGCUACAAGCUCUUCAACGAUGGUCAGCCAUUUGAACCCGCCCGUUGCGCUGCUGCAUGCGAGGCUGAGACCAAGUGGAACGUCGAGCACCUCGACAGCCGCAUGCUGUGCAAGUUCUUCAACACUUACGUCCUCAUGAAGAACGGCGAGCCACAAGGCCAGUACUGCUCGAUGUACACCCAGAAAUGGGAGAAGAAUGUCGCUGUCAAUGACGGCCAGUGGCGCGGAGACGAUCAUUACACGAUCGCAUCCAGCUAUUCCUACUCCAACACCACAGAUCCUGGAAAGCCUAAGCUUCCUUGCGACGUCGCUGCCGCAAAGUCUGCCAUCGUUGCCUCAUCUCUCCAGCCAUUCUGCUCCACCCUUCUUGGAUACACCACCCCGGUCUCGACUGUCAUCGCCACUGAGUUCACUACUGUGCCCGCUACCACUGUUGUCAACACCGUCUCUCCUGUUACUACACUCACGACGACAGUAACUCAGGCUCCUCAGAAGCGCGAGGUUGCCCCUGCCGACAGCCCGGCCACACCUGCCGCUCUUACCACAUUUGCUGCCAGCGCUGUCUCUGCAGCCUGCAGUCUCCAAGCUACGCCUGUUACAGAGACCGCUACCACUUCUACUACCACGACUGCGACCAUUAGUUCCGGCACUGUACUGACAACCACAACUCUGCCUGUCAGCACUACCAUCGUGACUUCGACAGUUGCACCAGCACCUACCUGCAUCUCUAAAGGCGUCAAUGUCAUUCAAAACGGUGGCUUCGAAAGCGGUAUGUCAUCUUGGACACAGACUGUCUACGGUGCCAAUACCCCACCAACGGCUUGGGGAGUGAUUGGCGGCGGCUCCAGUGGCGGCUCUUCCUACAGUGUGUCAGCUGGUAGCAAAGGAACCGGUACUAUCCUCUCCCAACAGCUCAGUGGCUUGAUCAAGGGUGUUACCUACAACUUCUCGUACAAGUAUCUCGCCACGGCCUCUCCAGCAAGCUCCAUCUCCUGCUCCAUUUCCAACGUAGGGACAUCUUCGCAGGCCGUUACAAGCGACGGGCGCGUUAACUCCUGGCUUGCUGGACCCCAGUAUGGAAACAGCUUUGUGGCCAAAGCUACUAGCGGACUGCUGGAGUGCUACUUUGUUGCACGCGGCUCUCAGUCAUGGCGCAUCGAUGAGAUGAACGUUAGUUGUUAG